AUGUCCUCCCUAUUUGGAAGCGAAGAUCGAGGUGAAGAAUCAAGUCCUGAACCCCAAGGUCCACACAACGAUCAAACAAACGCCCCGAUCAACACCGAGGGCCCAAUUGUUGUCGAUGACUUCAGUGAUGAAGACAGUGAAUUUAGUGAUAAUUCUGAUAUGACCUCUCUUUCUUCGAGCGUUUUGGAAUACGAAUAUGAAAAUGGUCGGCGGUAUCAUAGCAACCGGACUGGACAAUACAUGAUGCCAAACGAUGAAGAGGAACAAGAUCGAAUGGAUUUGGCACAUCAUAUAUGGCUACUGAUGAUGAAGGGAGAAUUACACAAAGCUCCAGUCACAAAUCCCCAAAAGAUCCUCGACCUUGGAACAGGAACUGGCAUCUGGGCUCUUGAUAUUGCCGAGUACGAACAUCACACACACACACACACACACACACACACACACACACACACACACAUAUCACACCUCAUUCGAGGUCCGAAGCUUACAUCAAACAGGAAAUUCCCCACCGCCAAGGUAAUCGGAAACGACAUCAGCGCCAUCCAACCAACCUGGGUCACCCCGAACGUAGAAUUCAUCAUCGAAGACUUCGAGAACGAAUGGCUGUACGAGAAAGACAGCUUCGACUUUAUCCACGCACGCCUGUUAUCUGGAUGCGUCGCAAAUUGGUCAGAGUUCUUCGCACGAAUCUUCGACCACGUCAAACCAGGCGGCUACUUCGAGAUCCAAGAAAGUGCCAUCUGGGGCUGGAGCGAUGACGGAACCCUUAAACCCGACUCACCGCUACUCCAGUACCUACACGCCCUUAAUACGGCAGGGAAGGCAAUGGGACGCGAGCUGAACAUCUAUCAUAAACUGGAACAGUGGAUGAUUGAUGCGGGCUUCGAAGAUGUGCAUCAGUUUACGUAUCUUCUACCGUACUCGCCUUGGCCGCGUGAUCCGCAUCUCAAGGAGUGUGGGAAGUACCAGGCUGUUAUGGCUCAGCAGGCUGUGGAGUCCUAUGGCUUGAGGCUUUGUACGCAGGUUCUUGGUUGGGGGGCGGAGCCUUCGCGUAUCUUUCAGGCUAUGGUUAAGAAGAAUUUGAGGGAUAAGCAUAUGCAUGCUUAUGUUAAAGAGUAA